UGAAGAAAGUCAAACUCCAAACAGGAGCGAGAGAAGGAGCGAGCAGAGCAGAGGACCAUCCGCCAACAACAGCACACCUCUGCGGACAACCGUGGUUCAGUAAAGUCCAGAAGAGUCUCCGUUCUCCAGCAGUAACACUGACCUGAGAGAAGAACGAGCUUGCGGUGGAUGUACGAGCACUGAGAGGCAGAAGAAAUGAGCAGAGGAACAGUGAAAGAGCCGCACGGAUGCCAGCGCAACUUCACCCUGAUCUGCGUGCUGCUCGCGCUCAGCUGCGGCGCAGAGAUUCCCUCCGACCCGAGCGUUGUGUCCUCCUCCAGUUGGAACAUGUCCAGGGCAGCUGAAAGAGAUCACUUUCUAAGGCUGGAUGCUCCUAUGAAUAACAUCACUACUUCCCUCGGACAGACAGCUGAGUUGCAUUGCCACGUUUCAGGGAAUCCAUCACCCUCAGUCCGCUGGCUUAAAAACGAUGCCCCUGUAGUUCAGGAGCCACGGCGGGUCUCGUACAGGUCGACUCCGUACGGCUCACGCUUGAGAAUCAGAAAUCUGGACACCACAGACACUGGCUACUUUCAGUGUGUGGCGACCAACAGCUAUGGCACAGUGUCAACCACAGGAAUCCUGUUUGUCAAGUUUGAUCCGGCUCCCACACCUCUGCCUGGACGACCUUUACCAGAGGAUUUUGAUGAGGAGGGUUUCUGCCAGCCAUACAGAGGGAUUGCGUGCGCUCGCUUCAUAGGAAACAGGAGCAUUUUUGUGGACUCGCUUCAGAUGCAGGGAGAGAUUGAGACCCAAAUCACAGCGGCGUUCACCAUGAUUGGCACCUCCAAUCACCUGUCGGAUCGCUGUUCCCAGUUUGCCAUCCCAUCCCUGUGUCACUUUGCCUUCCCGACAUGCGACCGCAGCUCUGGCAUGGACAAACCGCGGGACUUGUGUAAAGAUGAGUGUGAGAUUCUGGAGAAUGACCUGUGUAAGACUGAAUACAUCAUCGCUCGAUCAAACCCUCUCAUCCUCAAACGGCUGAAACUGCCCAAAUGUGAAGAUCUGGCCACUUUGGACAGUCCCGAGGCUGCAAACUGCAUGAGGAUUGGCAUUCCUAUAGCGGAGACAAUUAAUAAAAGUCACAAAUGUUAUAACAACACUGGUUCAGACUACCGUGGCACAGUUAGUGUGACUAAAUCUGGUCGUCAGUGUCAGCCAUGGAACUCUCAGUAUCCCCACAGUCACACCUUCCUGGCCAUGCGUUACCCAGAACUCAAUGGGGGACAUUCCUACUGCCGCAACCCCGGAAACAAGCACGACGCUCCCUGGUGUUUCACCCUCGAUGAGGCUGUGCGCAUGGAGCUCUGCGACAUUCCUCCAUGCGAUUUGCCCAAGCAUGGCAGCAGCAGCAACAGUAUGGGAAUCCUGUACAUCCUGGUACCAAGUGUGGCUAUACCACUGGCCAUUGCCCUGCUCUUCUUUUUUAUCUGUGUUUGCCGAAACAACCAAAAAGCCUCACGUCCACCAGCACCACGCCAGCCCAAACCUGUUCGUGGCCAGAACGUGGAGAUGUCCAUGCUCACAGCCUACAAACCAAAGAGUAAAGCCAAAGAGCUUCCUCUGUCUGCAGUGCGCUUCAUGGAGGAGCUGGGCGAGAGCGCUUUCGGUAAGAUCUACAAAGGCCACCUGUACCUGCCCGGCAUGGAGCACGCUCAACUCGUGGCCAUAAAAACCCUGAAGGACAUCUCCAGUGCCCAACACUGGGGUGAUUUCCAACAGGAAGCAUCCGUCCUGGCAGAACUUCACCACCCUAAUGUGGUUUGUCUCCUCGGUGUAGUGACCCAAGAGCAGCCCGUCUGCAUGCUCUUCGAGUUCAUGGCCCAAGGCGACCUCCACGAGUUCCUCAUCAUGCGCUCUCCACAUUCAGAUGUGGGCUGCAGCAGCGACGAAGACGGCACUGUCAAGUCCAGCCUCGACCAUGGAGACUUCCUCCACCUGGCCAUUCAGGUGGCGGCCGGAAUGGAAUACCUGGCGAGCCAUUUUUUCAUCCACAAAGAUCUUGCAGCAAGAAACAUCCUGGUUGGUGAACAACUGCACAUCAAAAUCUCCGACCUUGGGUUGUCUAGAGAAAUCUACUCCUCUGAUUAUUACCGAGUCCAACCCAACACCCUCCUGCCUAUUCGCUGGAUGCCACCAGAGGCAAUCGUUUAUGGGAAAUACAGCACAGAUUCUGACGUUUGGGCAUUUGGUGUGGUUUUAUGGGAGAUCUUCAGCUUUGGUUUGCAGCCUUAUUAUGGCUUCAGCAAUCAGGAGGUGAUGGAAAUGGUGCGAAAGCGGCAGCUGCUGCCCUGUCCAGAGGAUUGUCCACCUCGCAUGUAUGCCCUGAUGACCGAGUGUUGGCAAGAAGGUCCCGCUCGCCGGCCGAGGUUUAAAGAGAUCCAUACACGUCUACGAGCUUGGGAGGGUCUGUCCUCUCAUGCCAGCUCCAGCACGCCAUCUGGAGGCAACGCCACCACCCAGACUACCUCUUUGAGCGCCAGUCCGGUCAGCAACCUCAGCAGCCCACGCUACGCCGGGUACAUCUAUGGAGCUCCGCAGAGCCUCCAACCUGGACAGAUUGCAGGCUUCAUGGCAGCGCCAAUGCCACAAAGCCAACGUUUUAUACCUGUGAAUGGAUACCCUAUUCCUACGGGAUAUGCCGCAUUUCCUGCUGCUCAUUUUGCUGCAUCUCAAGGCCCACCACAGGUGGUGCAGCACUGCCCUCCACCCAAAAGCCGGUCGCCCAGUAGUGCCAGCGGCUCCACCAGCACAGGUCACGUGACCAGCGUGCCCUCCACAGGCUCCAAUCAUGACGCCAACACACCACUGCUUUCUCAUUGUGUCACUCUGACGCCCAUGACAGCAGUGCCAGGUGGUACAAUGCCAGUUUUUGGACAUAUGGCACAGAAGGCCAUGCAAAUAGACCCGAGUCAGGUGGCACUGCUGGCCGACACUAACAGACUGAUGUACAGCGAAUCCAUCAUCACUGCCGAAUUGUGAAUACAUGUUUUGUCCUGUACAUUGAUAAUUAUUGAUAUUUUAAUAUCUGUUCUUCCUUGUAAAUACAAAAUAGCCUGAACAGAAUGCGAAAGUUUAUAUUUUAAUGUGUGUUUUUAUAAAUGUGUCUUAAAGGAAACUUGUAUAUUCACAUAUUCUCUGUGAAGCUUCAUGCCACUUUUUUUUAAUAAAUGUGGCAGAACGGCCUUAAAAUGUGCUUUUUGUCAUACAGGAUUUUGAAAUUUGAUUUUUCAAGGUUAUUUUGGACAGAGCUGUGGCUUUUUUCAUCUCUUUUUUCACUUAUUGAUCACGUAAAUGCUUCAGAAUGUCUCUGUUGUGCCAGUGGAUGUUUUUUUCUUUAGAAUGUAUUUUGGAAAAUUUUGGAAACCCAUAGCUAUUUAAUUUCAUAGUAUUUGUUUUUCCUACUAUGGGAGUCAAUAAUGGCUGCAGGUUUCUAACGUUCUUCAAAAUGUUUCAACAGACCGAUGAACUAUCCCUUUAAUGUUGCAGACUCAGAAUUAAGGGAAUAAUUUUACAAAUAUGUCUCAGCCAGUGCCUUGAUAUGAAAGAACAUGUAGCUUUAAUCAUGGCCACCAUAUGUGCCUUUUAUUAUGAAUUCAGGCUUAUGGGAGGCAAGUGAAGUUCUGAUACUGUGGUGUUAUUCAAAUGAUUUCAAUGUAAAAGUCAUGUCAGGGCUGCAUCUUUCAGAAAAACAUUUGCAUUUCAUCCUGAAAGGGAUUUCAGAGAGGCUACCCAUUCAUAAAACAUCAAAAUAUAGAGAUUUGUUGAUAACCUAGCAAACAUUUAAACACAAGUUGACAAAAUUGUGCAAAAUACAUGUUUAUAUGCUGUCCCCAACUGUCAGGUGUCUUUUUUUUAGCUCAAAUUCUGCUUGUGCCUUUAAAAGCAGCAUAUUUGAUAUUUACAUCAGGAUGUUUCUUCUAAAUGAGUCAACAUUCACUUCACUGUGUGGCAAAGUAUAUGUGAAAACGGCCCUUUAACUGAUGCAGAAUUUUUAUUUUUUUUACAUGAACUCCUUACUACCUAUAGAAUGUAAUACCUAACAAGUCCUCUAGAGGUCAGUGUCGCUCUGCGACUCUGAUUGAAUGAAGUUUUUUUAUUUGUCUCUCAAUUAUACUGUACGUGUCUGCUAUUUUUCAACCUUCACUUGAUGUUUGAUAACUGUCGUCUGUCUGUAGCUUGUUUAAUCUCUUUAAACGUCACAGAAAUAGGGGUUAAACCAAUCGGAUCAUUUUAGUAAGCAGCUGUAUGUAAUUUUCAUUCUCUUUUUGGUUUGUUGCUAUGCAACUGUUUAAUUCAAACGCACUCUUUUCCUGUGAUGAAGACAAUCAAGAGUUUCUCUUUUAUGCAGGGUACAGUGUUUGUGAAGACAUGAUUGCUUUAUGACCUAUGAAAUGCCUUAUGGACAAUCUCAUGAUGCGUCAUGACAUUUCAUGAACAGACAUUAUGCAUGAAAAACGGAUUUGUAGAUCAAUGGUUUAUUUUUAUAUGAUUUGUCACACAAUUUUACAUCAAUAUUGCAGUCUUAUUAUUGUAUGUCUGAACAUAAAGUGUGUUGACAAUAUAAAAGCCACUUAAAGAAA